AUGUCAGCUGGAGGAGAUUUGGGGAACCCCCUGAGGAAAUUUAAACUCGUCUUUUUGGGAGAGCAGAGCGUGGGGAAAACAUCGCUCAUCACUAGAUUCAUGUAUGACAGUUUCGACAACACAUAUCAGGCGACCAUUGGAAUAGACUUCCUAUCGAAGACAAUGUACCUGGAGGACCGAACAGUAAGGCUGCAGCUGUGGGACACCGCUGGACAGGAGCGUUUCAGGAGCCUCAUCCCCAGCUACAUACGAGACUCUACAGUAGCUGUGGUCGUCUAUGACAUUACAAAUGUGAACUCAUUCCAGCAGACCUGCAAAUGGAUUGAUGAUGUCAGGACAGAGAGAGGAAGUGAUGUCAUAAUCAUGCUAGUCGGCAACAAAACAGAUCUGGAAGAGAAGAGGCAAAUCAUGAUCGAGGAAGGAGAGCAGAGAGCCAAAGAGCUGAACGUCAUGUUCAUCGAGACCAGUGCCAAGACGGGCUGCAAUGUCAAACAGCUGUUUCGCCGGGUUGCAGCAGCCCUACCUGGAAUGGAAAGCUUGGACGACGCAAAUCCUGAAGGCAUGAUCGACAUCAAGCUGGACAAACCAGCAGAGCCUACUGUCCCCGAGGGCGGGUGCUCAUGUUAAUGCAGAGCUGAAAUCGGACAGCUCCCUUCACACCAUAGGCU